AUGAAAUCAAACGACAGUCGCGGCAGGCAUCAACGGUCGAUCCUUGCAACAUGGAUGAGAUCUGGGACAUCGAAGGGUCUUUAUGUGCUCAGAGAUCAACUUCCAAAAUCACAGAGUGACUGGGAGCCGAUUCUUCUGUCUCUUAUGGGCACUGGCAGUCAAACUGAUGGCAUCGGCGGAGGCACACCAACCACUUCCAAAGUGGCAGUUGUCUCGCGCUCAACGAUGCCCGGGUACGAUAUCGAUUAUACAUUCGCCCAGGUGGACUUUGCUGGUGCAAAAAUAGACAUGUCUGGGACUUGUGGGAAUCUAGCUGCUGGAGUCGGACUCUUUGCUCUGGAUCAAAAUCUAGUGGUGUUUCCAGAGGAACAAGAAUGCGUUGAUAUCAGAGUUUUCGUCACAAAUACUGGCCAAGCAUUGCUGGUCACCAUUCCGCAAAACAAUACCACAUGUGAUAUUAGAAUCACGUUUCUGGCGCCAAACGGCAAUAUGACAGGGAAACUGUUUCCCAGCGGAGCCAGGAAAGACUACCUUGCCUUUCAAUGCCCCAGCACCGGGACUGGGUUCGUUGUCCACACCACCUUGAUUGACUGCACAAAUCCAUUUGUCUUGGUGGAUGCUGCCUCAAUGCCGACAUCUUACGCCCUAGACGGACCACAAGCUACGAAGUCUGAAGCCGUCAUCGAAGCAAUCCGCCGCGCAGGUGCAGUUCGAAUGGGGUUGGCGCGAGAUAUAGCAGAUGCUGCGCAGUGCCGAGGGACGCCGAAGAUUGCUGUGGUCGCCCGCCCGAGCACCUCGAAUUCCUCGGUGGAUGUUGAGGUGACAGCAUUCAGCGCGGGAGUCUUACAUCCUACUUUCCAAGUCACGGGUGCUAUUUGUUUGUCGGCAGCUUUGAGUAUACCUGGUACGGUAGCAUCGGACGUAUUGCCCUCAUCGACCGUCUGUUGGGAACAUUCCCAUAGCAGGCUACAGCCGCACAUCUGGCGCAUCGCGCAUCGCGCAGGACAGAUUGAUGUUCAACUCAGUGUGUCUUGCGACACAAAAGGGGAAUAUUUGGUUGAAAAAGGAAGUAUUAUUCGAACAGCCCGGAAGUUAUUUGAGGGACUGACAUUCUAUUCAUUGCGAUAG